CGUCCUUCAGCCAGCCUCCAAGUCCGCCCCCUUACCAGCACGAAAUGUCGACGCCAGAUUAUGCGAAACUAGGUUUCACCGCUAUCCGUGUCGAGCUUGACAGCUCAGUCGCGGUUGUCACACUCACGCGCUCUAAGCAGCGUAACACGUUCUCCGCUGAACUUGUUGACGAUCUCAUCAAGUCCUUCGAUCUCUUCGACAGAGACGACCGUGUUCGGGUCGUAGUUCUGACCGCUGAACCUACCUCUCCGGCAUUUUGUGCAGGCGCCGAUAUUAGUGGCGGGUGGGGAGGACUAUUUAACCCGGAGGAUCAAAAGGAAGGCGAGCACGCCCACAGGGACACUGGCGGCAAAGUUGCGAUGGCCAUAUUCCGCUGUCGCAAGAUAACCAUAUCCGCUGUGAAUGGGCAUGCGGUUGGCGUAGGUGUCACCGGGCUUCAGCUUCCCUUUGACAUCCGCUUCGUGUGGGCUGGUGCCAGACUAGCUUUCCCCUUUGUUCGUCGUGGCAUUGCCCCUGAGGCGUGUUCGUCCUUCCUGCUCCCGAAGCUCCUAGGCCACUCUCGUGCCCUGUCGCUCUUCCUCACGGGACAAACUGUCACCCCAGAUUCCCCUCUCAUCUCCGGCCUGUACCACUCGAUCCUGCCGACCCGGGAAGAGGUGUUUCCCGCCGCGCUCGCUCUUGCGAAGGACCUCGCGGCGAACACGUCCCAGACGGCCGCUGCGGUCACCAAGGCCCUGGUCUGGCACGGAUAUGACACUAUGGAGGAGCAGCACAUCGUCGACUCUCGGGCGAUCCGCGUACUCGGGCUCUCGGCCGACGCUGCGGAGGGUGCCCUCUCGUUCAAGGAGCGCCGUGCGCCGAAGUUUGCGGACACGCUCGCGAAGCUGGCGCCGUGGAUGCCAUGGUGGAAGGAGGUCAGUGUCGCACACAGGAAGAGCAAGCUGUAAUGCUGCCGCGCAGCUCGUGGUGGACGCAUUGCUGUCACGAGUUCUUGUGUACUAUCGAUUCUCCGACCUUCGUGCUGAAUAAGACUGCC